CGCGGGGAGACGGAGGGCGCGGGGCCGCGGGGGCCGCCGAGCUGCGCUGCCGAGCCGAGCGGAGGAAGGAGCCGGGACUAGCGGGGCCGGAGGGCCUGGUUUCAGCACCCGGCGGAGCGCGGCGGUCAGCGGGGAGGGCCGAGGCCAGCCGCGAUGUCCUCCACAGUCAACAACGGGGCGGCCAGCAUGCCCUCCCCACCGGACGCGGCGAACGGCUUCCCGCAGCCCGGCGCCUCCUCGGGGGCCUGGCCGCGGACGGAGGAGGAGUUGCGCGCCGCCGAGCCGGGCCUGGUGAAGCGCGCGCACCGCGAGAUCCUGGACCACGAGCGCAAGCGGCGCGUGGAGCUCAAGUGCAUGGAGCUGCAGGAGAUGAUGGAGGAGCAGGGGUACUCAGAGGAGGAGACCCGGCAGAAGGUCAGGACUUUCCGGCAGAUGCUGAUGGAGAAGGAGGGAAUGCUCACCAGGGAGGACCGACCUGGGGGCCACAUCGUGGCAGAGACCCCGCGGCUGCUCGAGGGCGCGGAACCGGGCCUGGAGUACGCGCCCUUGGACGAGGACGACGGCCCCGUGGACUGCGACUGCCCGGCCGCCUGCUACCGCGGGCACCGGGGGUACAGAACCAAGCACUGGUCCAGCAGCUCCGCGUCGCCCCCUCCCAAGAAGAAGAAGAAAAAGAAAGGCGGCCACCGACGAAGCCGCAAAAAGAGGAGACUGGACUCCGAGUGCAGCUGUGGCAGCUCCUCACCCCUGCGCAAGAAGAAGAAAAGUGUGAAGAAGCACCGCAGAGACAGGUCUGAUUCCGGGUCCCGGAGGAAGAGACGACACAGAUCUCGAAGCCCCAAGAGCAAAAGAAAAGAGAAGAACAAAGAGAGGAAGAGGCCACACGGGGAGUCCCCAGGUCGGAGGUCCAAUCGCCACAGCAGCGGCAGCUCCCAGAGCCCCUCCCUCUCCUCCCGUUACAGCGAUUCCAGAUCGCCCAGCAGGCUGAGCCCCAAGCACCGAGAUGACGGGCGGAAGACAGGCAGCCAGCGGUCCAGCGGGAGCCGGUCACCCUCCCCGUCUGGCGGCAGCGGAUGGGGGUCGCCCCAGCAGAACGGCGGCAGCAGACAGCGGAGCGGAGCGCACGGGGGCCGCCCCGGCUCGGCGCACAGCCCGCCAGAUGUAGGUAUCCCGGCUCAGCUGUGCGCCCGCUCGCUCCCAUCUCCAGAUAAGCCCUGCCACUCUGCUUGGUUUGAAUGUGGUUUUCUCUCUCUUUCUCUCUCGAUCUCGCUCUGGAGGAAGUGCCACUUUAUUGAAGCCCAGCUCGCCCUCGCCCAGGGCCCGCGACCAGGCGGAGGCCGGCGCAGCCACGCCGCCCGCGCGGGGCAAGGAGAGCCCGAGCCCGCGCUCGGCGCCGUCGUCUCAGGGCAGAGGAGGCCGCGCGGCGGGCGGGGCGGCCAGGCGGCGGCGGCGGCGGCGGCGGCGGCGGCGCUCCCGGUCCUCGGCGUCCGCGCCCCGCCGCAAGGGCCGCCGGCGCGCCCGGCCCGCACCGCCCCGGGGCUCGUCGCGCUCGCUCAGCAGGGCCCGCUCCAGCAGCGACUCCGGCGGCGGCGGCGGUGGCGGCGGCGGCGGCGGCAGCGGCGCCCCGGGUCCCGGGCCGGAGCCCGGUUCCGAGCGAGGCCACGGCGCGCACGGGAAACGGGCCAAGGAGCGGCCCCCGCGCGCCCGGCCGGCCAGCACCUCCCCGUCCCCGGGCGCGCACGGCAGGCACGGCGGCCCGGAGGGGAAGAGCUCGUCGCGCAGCCCAGGCCCCCACCCGCGCUCGUGGAGCUCCAGCCGCUCGCCCUCCAAGUCCCGCUCGCGCUCGGCGGAGAAGAGGACCCGCAGCCCCAGCCGCUCGCCGUCGCCCAAGAAAACCCUGGGCCGGGACAAGGACGGCGAGGGCCGCGCGAGGCACGCCGAGGCCGAGGCCGCCCGCGCGCGGCGCCGCUCCCGCAGCUACUCGCCCAUCCGCAAGCGGCGCCGGGACUCGCCCAGCUUCAUGGAGCCGCGGCGCAUCACCAGGUCCAGCCUGCCGAGUGGCCUGUGGCCAGCCUGGGGGCCGGGUGGACCCCCUCCCCACAGGCUGCCGGGGAGAUGCCCAUUGCCCGAAAGCGCCCCAUCCCCUACUACCGGCCCAGCCCAUCGUCCUCCUCCAGCUGCCUGAGCAGCGACUACUCAAGCCGGAGCCCCAGCCGCAGCCCCAGCCCAGGCCACAGCCACGGAAGCUACAGCAGCCGCAGCCGUGGGACCCGCAGCCGCACGCGCAGCCCCUCCCGGACCCCCAGUCCCAGCUACCACAGCCGGAGCAGCUCAGAGAGUGGGGGCUUCUGAGCCCAGAGAGACCGAGCUUGGUGCCCCCGGCAUAGGGAAAGGCGAGGGGUCAGGCCCCAGGACCUGUGAGGGGGCCUGCACCCCUCUGCUACAAAGAGGUCCCCAGGCCAGGGAAGACCUUGAGGGUGGGUGCCCUGCAGAGGAGGAGGAGCUGGGUUCUGCUGCUUCUAGAGGGUCCCCACCCCCACCUCCUGCCUGCCCACCGUGUCCAGGGAACAAAGAGCCUUUGCGAACACAGGGAUCACCCUGUCCCCCUUCCUGCUUGAUGCCAGCUCGCCAGGCUGGGGACAGCUCAGUGGACCCAGGAACACCUUGGAAGGUGCCAGACCUGGGAGCCUCCCCUACCCUCUCCACAGCGCCCUGGGAUCCUCUCUACCAAUGGGCAGACAAAGCCGUGGGAAGGCAAGCAGGAUCUAAGUUAGACAGAAGGAAGAAUGGCCCAACCUUCGGUGCAUCACCACCCAGACUGGGAUGCUGCUUCCUUCUAGACCGGUUGCAGGAUCCUGGCUCAGAGCUGGAAGCCGGCUCCACAGUCUCCAGCAGCCCUUCCCCUGGCCCAGGAGUCCCCAGACCGAGCGGGUGGGCCCCAGCCUGAGGAGCUAGGGAGCUCACUCUUAGUCCCCCCUCUCCUCUCCAGGCCAGGCUCUCCUCUUCAGCGCUCACCCCAUGCCCUGGGCCAAGGCCACAGCAGCCAGGCCUUCUGCAUGACAAGAGGUGGGACAUUCAGACCACAAUGUAUCUGGCCAUGAGGCCUAAAGGGGUUCGGAUCAGAAGGUGGAGGAGAGAGGGGUAGAUAGAAGAGCCUGGAGGAGCAGGAGAGGGCAGUGCAGUCCGAUGACCGAGCAAGGCCUGGUGUCCCGGUGUGCCCUGUGUCUGGGACAUGGGCCAGAGGGUACCACAGGAUCACCGGCAUAGGAUAACACGCACUUCAGGGCCUGCCCAAGGGAGCACUUCCUUCUUGGGUUUGGUGGGGAGGUGGUCAGUGGAGGCUACCCAGAGAAGGGUGCUACAGCCCUUUGAAGAAAGGGUAAGAUCUAGACUGAGGGCCUUGACCUGGGCAUCCAUGGGGAAGCAGUGGCCCUCCCCCCGCCAGCCCUCUGCUGCUGCUCCCAGCCCACUCCUCCUGGGGCCCUCAGGGAUCUCACAAAGUCUUCCUUGGCCCAACAGGGCACCUGCCCUGGGCUCCCAUGGGGGGAGGGGUCUGGGGUCUGGUCCGGGUUCCCCCUCUCUCUAUUCCCCCCUCCCUCUUUCUCCGCGGUGCGGAUAAAAAUUGGACUCUAAUAAAACACUUGGUGCCCGGAUGGCA